UAUAAAUUUAAUUGAUAGCCUUUUAAAUAUAACUGAAGUCAUUUUUUAAAAAGCAAAUACUCAAUUGUUUAAGUUAAUAAUAACAAUAAUUUCUAUAUACUCAGUUACUUAUAUCAUUACAUUAUAGAUGCCAUGUUAUAUAAAUUAAUUAUAAAUUUAAAUAUAAAAAUGUCUAAUCAAACACGCACUCUUGUUACUGAUUCAAAAUAUAAUUUUCUUAAGCAAUUAGGAUUGACUACCGAGAACCCGGGUCUUUUUGACGGUCGUUGGGGAGGUUCCGGCAAAAUAAUUGAAUCAAGAUCACCAGCAAGUGGUAAAGUAAUAGCUAAAGUACGUGAGUCAACACCACAGGAAGCAAUAAAUGCUGUUACAGAAGCACGCAAAGCUUGGCCCUACUGGUCAUCAUUACCCGCGCCAGCACGUGGUGAAAUAGUACGACAAAUAGGUGAUGAAUUGCGCCGUAAUUUAAACCCACUUGGACAAUUAGUGUCAUUGGAAAUGGGUAAAAUAUUAGCUGAAGGAAUUGGUGAAGUUCAAGAGUAUAUCGACAUUUGUGAUUAUGCUGUUGGUUUAUCACGAAUGUUGCCUGGUUACAUAUUUCCAUCUGAACGUAAAGAUCAUGCAUUACUUGAAAAAUGGAAUCCUGUUGGUGUUGUUGGUGUUAUAACAGCAUUUAAUUUUCCUAUUGCAGUUUAUGGGUGGAACAGUGCGAUUGCUAUGGUAUGCGGUGAUGCUAUUGUAUGGAAAGGUUCACCUACAACACCAUUAGUGUCAAUAGCAACUACUAGAAUAAUAGCAAAUGUUCUUGAACGUAAUGGAAUACCAGCAUCAAUAGCAUCUUUAGUAACUGGUGGUGCUGAUGUAGGUAAAGUUUUAGUUAAUGAUAAAAGAUUACCAUUGAUAUCUUUUACUGGAAGCACUGCUGUUGGUUGUCAAGUUGCGGUUAAAGUUCAAGAAAGAUUCGGAAAAUCAUUAUUGGAGUUGGGUGGCAAUAAUGCAUUAAUAGUUGCUAAUGACGCUGAUUUGGAAAUGGCUGUCAGAGCUGCGGUAUUCUCAUGUGUCGGAACCGCUGGGCAACGAUGCACAUCAACAAGACGUUUGAUAUUAGAUUCUAAAAUAAAAGAUGAAUUUGUCAGUAGACUACGUACUGCAUUCAAAAGUAUUCUAGAAAGAAUCGGAGAUCCUUUGGAUGAUGCGACACUUUAUGGUCCUCUACAUACCCAACAAGCCGUUGAUGCUUAUAAAACAACCGUUGCAAAAGCUGUAGAAAAUGGCGGGAAAAUUGAAUUCGGCGGUAAACAAAUAAAUCGCCCAGGUUUUUAUGUCGAGCCAACAAUUAUUUCAGGUCUUCCAUCUGAUGAUGAAAUCGUACAAAAAGAAACUUUCGCGCCCAUUGUAUACAUUCUAGAAUCAAAUUCAAUUGAAGAUGCUAUCAUGCAAAAUAAUAACGUUGAACAGGGUCUCAGUAGUUCAUUAUUCACUAAAAAUUUACCUAACGUAUUUCGGUGGAUAGGUCCACAUGGAUCUGAUUGUGGAAUAGUUAAUGUCAACAUUGGAACAAGUGGAGCUGAAAUUGGCGGAGCAUUUGGAGGUGAAAAAGCAACUGGAGGUGGUCGUGAAAGUGGUAGUGACUCAUGGAAGUCAUACAUGCGUCGUUCAACAGUAACAAUCAAUUAUGGUAAUGAAUUACCACUUGCCCAAGGAAUUAAAUUUGAAUAAUAAAACAUAAAAUAACAAUAUUAUUAUUAUUUGUUAUGAGUUUAUAGAAAAACGUAUAAAAUCUACUUGUAUAUCAACAGAACUUUUUUUAUGAAACUUAUAUGCUUGAGGUAAAUCGUAUCUCAGUUCAGCAACAACUUUUGCCUCACAAUUAAAUUCUUUCGCUUUUUUUAAAAUAUACUUUCUUGUUGACGUCUUGUGCAAUGAAUACACUGUGUUUAGUGAUAAUCUAGUAGCUAUUUCCAAAAAUUCCAUAUCUAUUCCAGCGUUAUUUUUAGUACCAAAUGGCGGAUUCAUUAUUACUGUAUCGAAUGCUUUUUCAAAUUUUCCUAUUAAUUAUUAAAUGGUUUUUUAAAUAAAUAAAUAAAUAUGCUAAUAAUAUUAUUA